GAUUCGUCUCUGAUCGGAUCGGAACAGUUGUUGUCGAGCAGUCGUCGCGGUUACGACACCGAAUCAAUUAACCGCAACAAAUUUACAUUAACGAUUGAGAGAGCGCUUCGGUUUCCUCUCCAGCUGAGAUGCAGAGCUGGCUAAAGAUUUCUUUGCUGCUCUGUCUGUUCGGUUUCUUUCGCGAGCUAAGACCCUCAGAGCCCUUUGUCACAGAGUAUUUGGCUGGUGAUUGGAAAAAUUUGACAACUGAGCAAAUCUAUCAAGAUGUUUAUCCCUUUGGCACCUAUGCAGUGCUCGCCCAGUUGGUGAUUGUAUUCCUCAUCACGGAUCUGUUGCGCUACAAGCCGAUUAUCGUGCUCUCCUCGAUAGCGGGCAUCAUCUUGUUCUCCUUUUUGCUAUGGACGCAUACGUUAUUUGAGCUGCAGCUGGCGCAGCUCUUCUUUGGCUUCUUCACCGCAGCAGAGGUGGCUUAUUAUACCUACAUAUAUGCCAACGUGGAUCGGGAGCGUUAUCAACUGGUCACCGGACAUACGCGAGCUGCAAUUUUGGGUGGUAAAUUUCUGGGCGGCGUGAUUGCACAAUUGCUCGUUUCCACGGAGAGUUUAAGUUUUCGCGGCCUGCAUUUCAUUUCAUUGAGCACGCAGGUUAUAUCGCUUCCCAUCUCGCUGCUGCUGCCAAGUGUGCCACGAAGUCUUUACUUUUACUCCGUCAAAACCCAUCAGAAAGAGACGAAGGCUGUGGAAGAAUUUACUACGGACGCAGUGGCGCCAAAGUUCUCUUUGAGCAAUGCUGGUCGCCUGCUUUGGUAUCAUCUCGUCUCCUCGUAUACGAAUCCAGUGGUGCUUCUGUGGAGCAGCUGGUGGGCUUUGGGCAUUUGUGGACAAAUACAGGUCAUCUCCUAUAUUCAAUUUCUAUGGAAGGAGCUCGCACCGGAAUAUCAGAGUAAUUACAAUGGCGGCGUAGAAGCAGCGGCCACCUUGUUGGGUGCCAUUGGAGCCAUUCUUGCCGGCAUGCUGAACAGCAAUAGCAAUCGCAAUCGCUAUAUGCUGCUCAACUCCAUUUGUGUGGGUGUUCUUGGCGGACUACUACUGAUAACUGCUUGCGUGGAUAGCUUGUGGUUAGCCUACGUUAGCUACGUGAUCUUCUGUGCCGUCUUUUUCUUCACCAUCACAGUUGCCGCUGCCAUAGUGGCUGAGAAUCUGGUGGAUGAUAGCUUCGGCCUGAUCUUUGGCAUCAACAUGCUGGUGGCGCUUGUACUGCAAACCAUUUUAACCAUUGUCGUAUUAACGGACACAGGCUUUGGCCUGCCUCCAAAAACCCAGUAUAUUGUGUAUGGUAGUUAUUUUAUUGUUUUAGGUGCAGUUUUUUUGCUGCUGCAGCUGCUGCUGAGGGCCUGUUCAAAAAAAUCUCCUGCAAUAAACGCGUCUUGAAUAUCCAUAAUAUAUUUUUAAUUUAUUGUUUACUUUUUAAACAGAACAUAUG